UCCAAAAAGACACGGAGCAUGUGAAUCAAAAUGAAAACACUGAAACACUGAGUGCCAUCAGAUAGGCUAUAUACACUAGAAAGAAAGGAAAUCCGGAGGGAUACUAAAAAGGCAGGUUUGUCAUGAUCCCGAAUCAGUUUCAAAACAUCUGGACUUGUUUAAACAAAUUAUGUGAACCAGUUCCAUAGGCUAUAGGCUUAACAUCGUGACACACCAGUUGUCUUACUAGAUCACAACCCGGAUUCUGAAUGCUUCGGAAUGGGAAAAACCUUCGCCACAAAGGAUGCUAAAACUGAGUUAUCAGCGCUUUGUGUAAGCAAUUAAACCCACUGAUCUCGAGCUGUCACAAUAACGGCAAAUUGCUGUGGAUGGGAACCUUCUCUGCACCCUCUACCUUCCACAUGACCCCACUUUCCCUGUUUCCUCGGCUCCCGUAAAGAUACGUUACACUCUCUAACACACACUGACAGCAUGACGUCCACUGCCCAGAUCCUGGCCUUUAAGUUCUCCCCACCCUCUCAAGAUGGGAGUCCAGACCGUCUGUUCAACUGUGAUGAGGACAUUGAACGGCGCUAUGAGGUGGUCCCGUCUGUCGUCUGCUCCAUGUGUUGCCUCUUUGGCAUCAUCUACUGCUUCUUCGGGUACCGCUGCUUCAAGGCCGUAAUGUUCCUCACGGGUCUAAUGUUUGGUUCCAUCGUCAUCUUCAUGCUCUGCUAUAAGGAGAGGGUCAUGGAUACUCAACUAAGUGUGGAGGCCAGUGUGGGCAUCGGCCUGGGCAUUGGCACGUUAUGCGGUUUGGUCACUAUGCUGGUCCGCAGCGUGGGGCUUUUCAUGGUUGGACUUCUCCUGGGUUUACUGGUCGCCCUCGCCUCUCUGGUGGUUCUGGAGGAGUUUUACCACCCGAGGACAGUGUGGCUUCCCCUGGGUGUGCUGCUGGGUUCGGGCAUGCUGUUUGCUGUGCUCACUUUGCAGUGGCAGCGCUGUUUCACCACCAUCUCCACCGCCGUCUUCGGAUCAGCUGUGGUGACUGUGACUGUGGAUUAUUUUGUCGAGCUCUUCGCUUUGACACGGUACAUCUAUGAGAGGGUGAAGGUGGAUCCACCUCGCCCCGUGUGUUGGUUCACGUGGGUGGUCAUGGGAGUCUGGCCUGUGCUGGCGCUGCUGGGUGUUCUUAUUCAGUGGAAGGUCACGGCUGAAGGAUAUUCACACACAGAAGGUAAGUCUGACAGGCAUGUGGCAAAUAUAGUGAAAGGGACAAAACUGUGGCUUAAGCCAAAAGUAUACUUGUCUUGUCCGCUUUCCGCUACGGCUCAUGGACAGUUCAUGUGACCUAAAUUACGUCAUCAGCACAGAUUUUUGUGUGCGCACCGACAACAGGGCAUGUGCAAAUUGCUAAAAAAAAAUUCACUGUGUAGUGGAUGCAGAGAAACGGAGAGAAAG